AUGGCUGCCCUUAUGCCUCGCGGAUAUCGCUCCGCCACAGAAUAUCGUUUCGAUGAAGACCAGGUCGAUGCCAUUAUUCGCACUGCCGCCUACCACCGCAAAGACUUUGAUCUCUCUGUGAUCUGGUUCUCGCCCGCUCAACAUGUUAAUAUUCGUCAGUCAAUAGCGACACCCUUCCAGCAGACUUCGAGUGCCGGACUCGGAUCCCUCGAUCGGCUACCACUGGAGCUCCUCCAUGAUACGUUGUUGCGCCUUGAUGUGUAUUCUCUGUUCAAGUUUCGACAAACGAAUCGCCGAUCGCGAGAGGCAGUAGACUCCCUCAAGCAGUACCAGAUGAUAGUCUUGCACGGACUGAACCUUUUCUGCGCUUUGUUACGAACACGACUGGCCGUUGGCACUUCUCUGCUCGACUUUUACAAUGCCCUAUGUCUCAAGUCUUGUAGUCUUUGCGGGGAGUUUGGCGGGUUUAUGUCUCUCCUAACAUGGAAGCGAUGUUGUUUCAAAUGCCUCAAGGAGGCUCCCGAGACUCAAGUGCAAACUCUUUCCGCAGCCCGAAAGGAAUUCCACUUGACAAAGGUUGAGUUGAGCCAACUGAAGUCAUUAAAAACCUUGCCGGGCAUAUAUUCGAUGGAUGAAUCCAUACGUAAAUCCCGUGUUGCGAUCGUGUCCCUUCAUCAGGCCAGUUUGAUUUCCAGACAACAAUCCCAAACAACGGAUCAAGUCUACUCAGCGAGCUCAGAACGACGCAGAAAAUUCAAGUUAAUGGGAUCGUGCGCACUUCCUUAUUAUGAUAAAGUAACCGGCAAUGUCGAACAUGGAAUUUCGUGUGCCGGUUGUCAGCUUGCUCUCGAAAAGGACAUCAUUGGCUCCAGGGGCGAGAGCUGGGCAUUCGAGGCUCGAGACAAAGUAUAUGCACUAGAUGGCUUUUUGGAGCAUUUUCGAUGGUGUGAACAGGCCCAGCUACUGUGGAAAUCAAGUUGCGAAGGUAGAAACAGGCCAGUUGAGCUACCGGAGGGUGCUCGGAGGGGCGGCUACUUCAGUGAGAGGGUAUAA